AUGGACGGUUUUGACGACAGUCGCUGUGGAGCUUCAGAUAUGAAAUGCUGUGGUAAAACAGGGCAUUUUGUUCGGGGUGACCCCGGGGUUUCCGAGCAAUCAGGGCAAGCUGCUGAGCCGGCUGGGGUCGUUGCCCCUGCGGCCACCGUUUGUGCUGAGGGUCCUGGAACUGCUGCUGCACCAGAGCUAAAGGAGAGCUUGGAGAGAACGGACCAGGACAGGAAGUUGGCUCACAUAGUUCACAGGUUGGAGUUCCCCUCCCUAGACCCUAAUGCAGAGAAAGGCAUGCUGGGUCUGAUCGUUUUCCUGGGAAUGAUGUGCGGAGCGUUCGUUUGGGGAGGAAUGGCUGAUAAAGUGGGACGACGGAAAUGUCUGAUUAUCGCUCUGACCAUCAACUGCAUUGCUGCCUUCCUCUCAUCCUUCUCUCAGGGAUAUGGGUUCUUUAUCUUCUUCAGACUCAUCUCUGGCUUUGGUAUCGGUGGCUCCGUCCCGAUCGUGUACUCGUAUUUCUCAGAGUUCCUGCAGAUGGAUAAGAGAGGAGAACAUCUCAGCUGGCUCUGUAUGUUCUGGAUGAUUGGUGGAAUUUAUGCUUCAUUCACUGCCUGGGGCAUCAUCCCUCACUACGGAUGGGGUUUCAGUAUGGGUUCAGAGUUUCAGUUCCACAGCUGGCGUGUGUUCGUGUUGGUCUGUGCUCUGCCGGCCGUCUCCGCUCUUAUCGGCCUCACCUUCAUGCCUGAAAGUCCACGUUUCCUGUUGGAGCACGCUAAACAUGACGAGGCCUGGAUGAUCCUGAAGCACGUUCACGACACUAACUGGAGAGCGAAAGGAGAACCGGAGCGAGUGUUCACCGUUUCUCAGAUCAAAACUCCAAAGACUCAGGAGGACGAGUUUUUUGAGAUUCAGACCUCCACAGGAACGUCUGUACAUAGAUGGGCGAUUCGCACCGUGACUCUGAUUAAACUGGUGUUGAAGAACGUCUUGUCUCUCUUAUCUCACGAUCUGAGACUGUCUACCCUGCUCAUGGCUGUUAUCUGGUUUACGAUGGCCUUCAGUUAUUACGGCUUAGCUGUGUGGUUCCCCGACAUGAUCAAACACCUCCAGUAUGAAGAGUACGAGUCCAAGGUGAAGAAUUUCCCCGGAGAGAGAAUCGAAAACUUCCACUUCAACUUCUCUCUGGAGAACCAAAUCCACCGAGACGGGAAAUACAUCAACGACAAGUUCAUCGGCAUCAAGAUGAAGUCCAUGACAUUUGAGGAUUCGCUCUUCGAGGACUGUUAUUUUGAAGACAUCACAUCUACAGACACGUAUUUUGAAAACUGCACCUUUAGAUCCACCACCUUUUACAACACAGAUCUGUACAAGGAGAACUUCAUCGACUGCAAGAUGGACAACACGAGCUUCCUGCACCCAAAAAAGGGCUGCCACCUGAACGUGGAGGAGGAGAACGAUGUCCUCAUUUACCUGGUCAGCUUUCUGGGGAGUCUGGCUGUGCUUCCUGGGAAUAUCAUUUCAGCAAUGUUCAUGGAUAAGAUCGGGAGAAUUAAAAUGAUCGGAGGCUCCAUGAUCAUCUCCGCCGGCUGCACCUUCUUCCUGUUUCUGAGCUUCAGUCAGUCAGCCAUCAUCGCCCUGCAGUGUCUGUUCUGUGGCGUUAGCGUGGCGGCGUGGAACGGCAUCGAGGUCAUCACCGUGGAGAUUUACCCCGCCUCUAAAAGAGCCACAGCAUUUGGUGUCCUAAAUGCAGUGUGUAAACUGGCGGCCAUCUUGGGCAGUUCCAUCUUUGCCUCAUUUGUGGGAGUCACUAAAGUCAUCCCCAUCCUCCUGUCCUGCACUGCACUGCUGUGUGGAGGACUGCUGGCUCUCAAACUGCCCGAAACCAGAGAGAAUGUUCUGCUGUGAUGAGAGGACAACACACACACACACACACACACACACACACACACACACACACACACACACACACACCGAGCAGGUAGGAAAAAUAUUCAAAU